UCCACAGAUCUGGAACAGACUUCCAGGAAACCUUACAUCAGCUGAAACAGUCAUGGUGUAUUUAAAUCCAGGUUAAAGUCCCACCUUUUCUCAACUGCAUUUGACUAAAAUUCCUUGACAUCCAUUAUUAACGGUUCAGCUACACCUCUUCACUUGGGGUGUAGUCAGAAUUGACACCUUUGAUUAACCUAUUGUAAACCAGAGUUCGUUAUUCUCAUUGUUAUCCAUUUGGCCCAACUGGCUCAAAUUUAUCUUCCAAAUCCUCCUCACUUUAGAGGAUCCAGGGAGCUCAGGUUAACAAAGGCAGCAUUAACGUCCUUGUUGAGUUUUAGAAUGUGGAUACGUGUGUGUGCAUGUGUAGGUGUGUUUCACAGAAAACCCGGUUAGAAACAAGUUUAAAAACAAAUACUUUGAUUUAUUUGGGAUGUCAAAUGCUGAGGGUGUGACUCAAAAAAAAAAAAUGAAAUGAGUGUGUCAUUUAGUGUGAAAACUGCUAAAAAAAAUGUUUUUUUAACUUUGUGUAUUCAGUACUGAAGACAUAAUGAUUUACUAUUAGUUUAAAAACACUUAGCUUUAAGCAGUAUGUCCCAUAGGGACACUUUGACCUCUAACAAAAGUCUCUUGAUUCAAAAUUUCUAAUUUUUCUCAAAAGUUCAACAAUCACUUCCUGUUUCUGGGUUGAAUCUCUGUACCAGUGUGGAUGUAUCUCAUAGACAGAUGGAUUUAUCCAACCAAUUGGUGGUUUAUGUCUGCCUUUAUUUCCACUUCUCUAACUAAUUUGAUCAAAGGGUCACAUGGAAGCAAUAUGGGGAAACCCCAUUUAAUAUCUAAAUUAAUAUACUGCUUAUACUAUUUAAUACCUUUUAUGUACAUUUAAUGCAUAUAUGUGAUUUAACUCAUAAAAGCAAACUAAUGAUAGUCUAGAUAUCUUUCCACCAUGCAGCAGAAUGACCUCCUUCAUCAGGAGCCAGGAGGAUUAACAUCACUGAUUGGACACCAAAUCCAGAUUGACACACAUAACACAACCAGUUAGAGUAUAAGCCACACCUUCAUGAUUAUAUACUAUAGAGUGACUAGCACACUCCUCCACUUCUGACACAUAACCGGGCGUGGAGCCAGUUGUUUACUCAUUUACUGUUUGUGUGUUUGCAGACAGGGAGGGUCCCUGAUGCCAUAUAAUUAAUUGUUCUGCUCGUUAGUCAGCAAUGCAUGCCGCUUUACAACCUUUGGGAACGGGGGAUUAGCAUAACGGAUGAACAACCAAGAAAUCUGCAUUAACUGUGAGGUUCUAUCAUGUCAAUGUGGACCAAACUCUCUGAAGAAUGUUUCCAGUACCUUUCUGAAUCUAUCCCAUCAAUGACUAAGGCCGUUCUGAAGGCAAAAGGGGGUCCCACCCCUUACUAAUUCGAUGUAUUUAAUAAAGAGGUCAGUGAGUGCAUCUUUUUCCGUAUGACGAAAUCAGUGUAGUGAAAAAAAUUAAGUCUAUUGUUUUCUUUACAACCACGCCAAGGUUUUUUUUUUUUUUUUUUUUUAGGUGUGUCCUUAUUCUUCCAACCAGAGGGCUGCUUUUGGACCAAUACUUGACCUCCUCAUUUAAACUAAAAGCUAUAAAAACGGCUGUCAGACGCGUUUGCUCAUUAUUCUGACACUGUUUCAAUUCGAAGCUGCUGCCAUGCCAAAAUCAGGGGAACAAAGUCAGCCGAAAGGAUGUGAUGCCGGCAUCCAGCAGCAAUCAGUCCCUGCUGCCAAGCCAAAACCAGGACAACAAAGUCAGGCUCAAGGAUGUGAUGCCGGCAUCCAGCAGCAAUCAGUCCCUGCUGCCAAGCCAAAACCAGGACAACAAAGUCAGGCUCAAGGAUGUGAUGCCGGCAUCCAGCAGCAAUCAGUCCCUGCUGCCAAGCCAAAACCAGGACAACAAAGUCAGGCUCAAGGAUGUGAUGCCGGCAUCCAGCAGCAAUCAGUCCCUGCUGCCAAGCCAAAACCAGGACAACAAAGUCAGGCUCAAGGAUGUAAUGCCGGCAUCCAGGAGCAAUUAGUCGUUGGUCCCAUGCCAAUAGUAGGAGGACCCGGUCAGGCUAAAGAAGCUGAUGCCAGCAUCCAGCAGAUCUGCAAUAAAAUAAAAGCUUGCGCGGAGAAAAAGGCAGGAGCAAACUUUUCUGUUUUCAAUGCGAUAACCUACAAAACGCAGGUUGUGGCUGGAACCAAUUACUUUAUAAAGGUCCAUGUGGGAGGAGAUGAGUACGCUCACGUUCGGGUUCUAAAAAAUCUUCCCUCUAAUGGUGGGGAACUCCAGCUGACCGGCAUUCAACACCCCAAAAUUCUCAGGGACCCCAUUGAGUUCUUCUAAAGAGACCCACAUCCAUCAAAGCAUCUGCAGCCUCUUACCUGUCAAUGUCCUGUAAUAUCUGCUCUGUAAUCAUCUGGAAAAGCUCCAUAGGUUGUAGUUGAUUGUUCAGGGCAAGACUGUGGUACAAAAUAAAAUAAAGGCAGAUAUGUUGUGA